GUGGUACAAACUUCGCUCCAAACCAGGGAAAAAAGAAAAGGAGAGAGGGGAGAUUGAAGUGGAUAUCCAAUUUAUGAGGAGCAACAUGACAGCCAGCAUGUUUGAUCUGUCCAUGAAGGAGAAGUCCCGCUCUCCCUUUGGCAAGCUCAAAGACAAGCUCAAGGGGAAGAGGAGCAGUGGCCUUUCCGACACGGCGUCGGCGAUCAUCCCCAGCACGACCCACUCCCCUGCUGACAGCGAAGAUGAAUCAGUCGAGAAGGAGAAGAAGAUAUCAAAGUUCAAAACCCUGUUUUCCAAACCUGGCUUGCAGAAGACUUCCCUCUCCCAGUCCAUGUCAGUCCUACCCACGCAGCAGCCCGUCACCGGGAGGGUUCGGCUUCGUCCCAGUGACUCCCUGUCACAGUGGGACGACGAGGAGUCCGAGGUCUCUCCAACCUCAGAAAAAGCCUUUGGAAAUGCCUUGGAAGAGAAGUCAUCAUCUUCUCCUGUAUUUAAAUCUCGUAAAACAGCAACUUUGGACAGCAGGCAACUAAACCAAGUGACCACUGGCCACACCAAGAAAGAAGGGCUCUCUUUAUUCAGUGGCCUUAAAUCCAAAACUGAUCCUGUUUCCAAAUCCAGUCUGUGCAUCAAUGGCAGUCACGUUUAUAUGGAAGAGAGCACAACGAAGGACAACACUCCAGCCUCUUCCCCCUCUCCUCACAACUUCAGGAGGAAGCAGCUCUUUGCUUCAGAAGAGAACCUGUCUUCCAGAUCUACUAAAGGACCUGAAGAGACAGGAAGAACAUCUCCUAGUCCUGCUUUCUCUGGGUCUGCAUCCUUGGAGACCUUUAAAGCUAUGAGUUUGCCAUCAUACAGAUUGCUUAGUGGUGAAGAAUACCUGGAAACCAGCAUUCCUCCCAGUGUCGAGGUUAUUAAAGAGACCAAAAAACCAGACCACAAAAAGUCUACCUUGCUCUCUCUGGUCACAGGGAAGAAGGAAGCAGUGAAGACCAGUGAUGCUGAGAAUAUUCCUGACAGGACCCAGCAGGAUGAGGAAAACAAAGUUCCAGAAGAGAAGAGUGAACAAGAGGCCAAACGUCUUGAACUUCCAGCAGAUUUCAGCAGAGGGAAUCCUCCAGAAGACAGUCACCGCGCAGAGGAUGUCUUGGCAAAUAAGCAGCCACUCAACCCUUUUGAGGAAGAAUGGAAACCUGAAAAAGCUGCUGCUCCAGCAAAGACCAAAGCUAUCAAGCCCAGACUGGGCGUGUCUUCAGAGGAGGAAACCAAAGCCACGCUUCCUACUCUUGCACCUGAUUCCCUUCCUGCUUUUCUGUCUGUACACUGUACCAGUAGUGACAAUAAUCCUUUUGUUUCCAAAAUGGGACAAAAAGUCAAAGUGCCAGACUCUGAAAACAUUACUAGUUCUCCUGCAUCUGUUACUUCUCCUCCUCCUUUUGCUGCAGAGCUUUUGAGUGGCAAGAACCCCUUUACUUCUGAGUGGGGCAAAGCAUCUGCAGCCCUGGAUCCUGAAGGCACUGCCCAUUUCCCUCCAUCCCAUCAUCUUGCAGCCUCUGUUCCUAAAGUGCCUCUUCCUGGGCAGGUCUCUGGUAGUGGUAAUAAUCCUUUUGCUUCUGAAUGGGGGCAGAGCUCACGGGGCUGUGGUCCUGAAAGCUCUGACACACGGGCUUCCCGGGGUCUCUUUCACCCACCUGCACCUUCUGUCCCCUCUGACUGUCAUUUUAAUGACAAUAAUCCCUUUGUAUCCAAGCUUGGCUGGGAACCAGAUGCACCAGGUUUCAAAGCUGUUGCUAGUUCUUCCCCUUUUUGCCUUCCUUGUGAUGAAGAUUGCUCCUCAGCAGAACACCCUGCUGAGCUAAAACGCUCUGGUUCCAGUGCUUCAGGGAGCUCUUCAAAUGUGGCUUUAACUAGUAAUGUACCCAACCCUCUCAGCACCCUUUCUGACAACCCUGGUCUGGCUCCAAAGAAGCAGUGCAGUUCUGCUCAGCUUCAGGUUGAGAGUUUGUUGAAAAGAAAUAAGGAAGAGAGCAGUGCUGAACAGCCACCUUCUCCUGAGAGUGAGGUGAGUGAGGAGCAGGAGAUCUUUGGUGAAGAGAGACAAGAAGAAUGUGCAGCCACAGGAGAGCCCCGAGAAACUCUGCUUGAUAAAAAUGACUCGUUUUCUCAAGUAGGAUCUGCCAAACCAACCUUGGGCACUUGCUCCCUGUCCCCUCAGGAAGCUGCUGCGGGGAGGGCUGGCAGUGAGGUGUCAGUCACUCCAGAGCCAGCACCACGGCUGUCUUUAACGCUGCAGAAGUGCCCGCUGGUUUCUCAUGCUGAUGAGUUAAGUGGUGAUGUGCCUUCUUCAGGAAAUAGUGUAAAAUCUCUGUCUGGGCUCCCAUUACCUGAUGAUAAAACCUCAGAUGCUCUUGUGUGCGUCCCCCAAAGUGGCUCAUUAGAGACUAUCACUCCACCAGGGAUGUUGAGAGAUGACAGCAGUAACAGGCAUUUAAAAAAUGAAGGCAAUGAUGAUUUAUUUGACUGCCUUACAGAUCUAAAAUCUGCCAUUCCCGUUACCAGUGACCGUGGUUUGAAACUGGCCAGUCUUCCAGUUAUUCUGGAGGGAGGCUCAGAUGAUGAGCAGCUGGAUGACUGUCAGGAGAACUCUGGUGUCACUGGAGGUGAUAAAAACGUAUCAGAGACUGGAAAGCAGUUCUUAGAUUUCAUGCCUUUGCAUGAAGACCUGGAAGAGCACUCUGACAGCUCUGCUGCACUCCAGGUAGCACUGGCUGCUCUGGGAGGAGGAGGUGUUCCUGAUGCCUGUGAGCCAAGCAAGCCACCCGUGCUGCCUGCCAGAGUAGAUGUUCACAGUGUCAAUAACCAGGUAGCUGACUCAGCCUUAGGUAUGAUCUCUCAUUCCAGGGAGGAUAAGAGUCAUUUUGAGAAACAAGAACUGAAAAUAAGUGCAGGUGUUGAGGAGCGUGCUGAGUGUGACUUCUUUGAGCCUUCUGUUUCCUCUUCCUCCCUGUCCAGUCCUUCCCAGCCCUACUCUACCUCUCAUUCUCUCCCCUCUGACACCCCAAGUCGUAGAGCAGACUCUCCGAAAAAGCCAACAGCCGAGGGCUUCGCAGAUAAAGCAGGAAAUUCUGGCAAGAAGAAGCUUCUUCAGGCAUGGGUUUCACCCUCUGAAACAUACCCUAACCAAACUCAGCAGAGUGGUGAAACUGUGUCUCCUAAGCACAGACUCCAUCCCGUGAAGCCGAUGAAUGCCACAGCAAACAAGUCUCAAAGUAAAAACCUGAAUGUCAUCAGCACCAUGAGUGAAAAACUGCUCGAGAUGAACACGAAGAAAUAUGAUCCUUCAGAUCCUGCCUAUGCUUAUGCUCAGCUGACACACGAUGAGCUGAUCCAGCUGGUCUUGAAGCAGAAGGAUACAAUUACCAAGAAAGAUCUCCAGGUUCGUGAGCUUGAAGACUACAUCGAUAACUUGCUUGUCAGAGUCAUGGAAGAAACCCCAAACAUUCUUCGUGUUUCAACGACUGGAAACAAAAAAGCUGGGAAGAUGUAA